UUUCAAACAGUUGAAGAACGCUACACUACAUUUCACUGAACUACAAGCUCUUAGGUCUCUGGAAAGAAAGCCACGUUUUAAUUUCAUUUAAGUAUUAUUGGACAAGUUGUUAUCACUAGAGGUACAUUUAAAUUAAAACAAACUGAAUGUUAUAUAAUAAUAUAUAGAUAUAACGUUGUCAUUUUAUUUAAUUAGGAAAUUCUAGGCCUAGAUCUAUUAUUAUUUUUUUAAAAUUUAAACACAUGGCAUAGCCACUUAAGUCUUACUUAAGUAUUAAAGACAAGUGUCAAGACUUAAGUUAAGAAGACUUAAGUAAAACUUAAAGACUGUAAUUAGAUCUUUAAACUUAACUUUUACUCUUUCAACAAGAAGACACUAAGUUUCACUAAGUACUUAGCAUGUAAUUUGAACUUCAGUUAAAUAAAAUAUUGACUCGUAACUCGUAUAUUAAGGGCAGGCAUAAGAUAAGUCUAAUUUAAGUGACUUUAGGUCAGGGCUAAUUUUAGAUUAAACUACAAGUAAAAUCAUAAGUCGGUAAAGUAAUUUAGGCAGUGUCAUAUGAAAUGUUCCCCGUUGACAUUGUAUACAUUUUUGCUUUACCACUCAACCUGAAUUUCUGUGUGUACCAGUGUGCUAUGAAUGGAUUUGUUUAGUUCAUUUUAAUAAACAUUUCAUUGAGUAAGAUUAACUUUAACAGUAGGCAGUAGCCUACUGACAGUAGGCCAGUAGGAGAAUAAUUCACAAUUUUACAAAUUGUUCUUCCUCUAAAAGUGAUUGUAAUCUCAGUUUUGUAGCACAUGUUCAUGUUGUUUUUAAAAUGUUUUAAUGCAGGAUAGGCCAGUCAUUUAACUUAAGCAUCAGCAUAGGCAUAAGAACUUAUGAGUUAUGGAGGUAAACGUUUAUUUUGUUAAUUUAAUGUGGCAUAGGCUACAGCUGUUUUUUUCAUACAAUACUAUAUUGAAGUAUUAUUAUGACAUAUGCAAGGCAUGUUCAAUAAAGUUUAUUUAGUAUAAUUUGCAAAUUCUGCUGAACAAGAUGUGCGUCUAGUAAGAAGUGACGUCAUUUGCGUGUUUUGUUAAAAGAGUUUUGGAUUCACUCCCCUUAUUUUUUUUGUUAAUAAAAUUACAUUUUCAUUAAUAUCAUGAUGGUACGUUUUAAUUAACUUUUUAUUGCUUCAUUAAUUAUAAUUUUAAAAUUUUCAUUUGUUGGCAUAUCAUCAUAUUUUAUUUGUUCCGCCACAUUUGAUAGAUUUGGGGUAAUGUUGUCGGGUCUUGUGUUUUUAUUCUUUUUUUUAUUUACUUUCGGUGGAAACUGAAAUAAAGUGUGUAAAAGUUUAUUUCAUGAAACCGUAAGUUGGGCUUUCAUUUUUUUAAAAUUUUAUAAAUAAUUAUUUUUGACCCUUUUUAAUUGUUUUUGUUCAUUUUCACAGUUUUCUUGCCAGAGUGUGUAAAUGUCACAUGUUUUUACUUUCACUUGCAGCUUUAGGGCCAGUUUUAGGGUUCAAGUUAGGUUUAGGGAUCGAUUUAGGGUUCAGGUUAGGCUUAGAAAUCGAUUUAGGGUUCAGGUUAGGUUUAGGGAUCGAUUUAGGACAUUUUUUUACAAAUGUUUAAUGUUUUCUUCCUAAUUUUAGGAAAUGUGAGUUAUUUUAUUUUUCCAUGGCGGCCAUGUUGGUUUCCACGACCUGUGAACAUGUUAAUGUUAGCGGGUCGUGGAAACCAAGAUGGCAGCCAUGGAAUAAGACAUGGUGCUCUCUCUUCUUAUUUACCAGAUGUGCUAUUGGUUAGGUUGUAGCCCAUAGGUCUCAUUUAUUUUAUGAUAUCACUUGGAUAUGUUGUAACCCAAGGUCUCAUUUAUUAUCUUUUAAUUUAUUUCAUAAAUUGCAGAUGCCCCGAGGAAAAAUGCAAGCAUUAGAGAAAGAAAAGGAUCCUGUUACUAAAUCACAGGGAAAGAAACGGACAUUGCCAUUGGAGAAAAAAGAUCAUCCUGGACCUGGUACUAAAUCAAAACGCUUGAAAGGUAAUGUUAGUUAUUCUGAAGAUACCAGUAUCUACUAAGUGUAUAAUUUUAUAAUUAAUGAAGGAAAUAUAUUAAAUAGUUACAAAGGAUGGGCCUAGGCCCUAGGCCUUACAUUUUAUUAUUUAUUUGUCUGUCCUAAUAUGUCGUAAAUUUUGAAUAUCGGUUUUAGAGCUCUGUAGUCACUCUAGGCAUUACUAAAUCCAAAGAAGUUAGUAUUCAAAAUAUUACAAUCUAUUUCUAACCAUCAAAUGUUUAAAACUGAGUUUAUUCUCAUAUUUUUGGUCAAGUUGAAAUUUGUUCAUGUAAAUAACAUUAUUAUUUCUACAUUUCAAGGUUUUCAAGCCAUAGAAUUAUAAUUUUCAUUAUUAGACUUUGUUGUGUGAUACUAAAACCUUGAAAUAUAUUUGUUUCUUAGUCAGUCAUGACUCACAUGGUUCAACCAAAGGAGAAGUGCUUACAUGUGGCCAAGGAGAUGUAGGCCAGCUAGGUCUGGGUGCUGACAUCACUGAACGAACACGUUUAGCUUUUGUUGAUAUACCAGAUCCUGUUAUUCAAGUGUGUGCGGGUGGUAUGCACACAGUUUGUUUGACAAACACUGGUCAGGUAUGUGUAGCCUUGGUACAUAUAUUUAUCUUUCAGAAAUUAUAACAUGUCACGGUUAAAAACUUUGUAUUUAACUUGUAGAAUUUUUGCCUAGAAUCUUUGCAUGAGAAUUGAUUCCUUAACAAUAUUCAUCAGCAUGUAAAAAAUAUAUUAAAGAUUUAAAAAGACAUUUCAACAUGUUAAAAAGGUCUCCUCUUUUUAGUACAGGUAAAGAAGAAAAACUACUAUUAAUAAUUCUAACUUUUUUUUUUUUUUUUGGUAAUCUUUCAGGUUUACACUUUUGGUUGUAAUGAUGAAGGUGCGUUAGGUCGCGAAACAUCUGUUGAGGGAUCUGAAGCUAAACCUGGAAAAGUAAACAUUCCGGCUCCUAUCGUCAUGGUAACAGCAGGUGACAGCCAUACAGCAGCUCUUACUGAUGAUGGUAGAGUCUAUGCAUGGGGAAACUUUCGGGUAUGUAGAAUAUUUGAAAAUUUACGCGAUUUUAUCAUUUUAAUCUUUAAAAGGGAAAUUUAUUUGUAAUUAAUUGUUAAUUUCAUUAGGUUCUUUUUAGGUAAAAUUAAUUUUGCAGUGAGGUAAUGAAAUUUUCUUAUUUCUUCCUUCAUGUGUUUGAUCAAUGCUUUCUGAAAUUUAGGAUGCCAAUGGAUCUAUGGGUCUUACAUCAAAUGGAAUUGAGAAGAAACCUGUGGAAUUAAUCCAGGAAGAAGUUGUCAUCAAAAUGGCUUCAGGCAGUGAUCAUUUAGCAUGCCUUACAGACAGGGGGGAAUUAUUAACAUUAGGUAAACUUGAAUGUUUGUGAGUGUUUGAAAAUUGAAUUAUUGUUACGGAAAUUAAAAUAAAACCAAGGUGAUUAUUAAAGUUUCUUGAUAAUUCUCUUUUCUUUCUGUCUCUGAAACAGGCUGUGCUGAACAGGGCCAGUUAGGAAGAAUUGCAGAAUGUUUUGCAACUCGCGGCGGUCGCAAAGGACUCGGUAUUUGCUUGUUAAUUUUGUAAUAUUUUUUUAUUUCGAGUAAUGUAACAUUAAGGGUGUCAGUUCUCCAAAUUAAGUAAAUUAUUUUAAUAAUUGAUAUUUGCAACUUUUAUAGUUCAAGAUUUUAUUCCAUGUUGUUUUUAAAGAAAAAAUUAUAAGGAUUUCUCUAUAUUUUUUGUGUUACUGUUUUGAUAUGCAUAAACGUGAUUUAAACGAUAGGAUUUUUUUUCUCCAUUUUAUAAAUUAUAUCACUUGCAGCAAAUUUUAAAGAAAAAUAUUUAAGAUUUGUUUAUUCUUAAAUCUGAAAAUUGUUUAUUGUCAAGUACCUGCUAUUCUUCAGUAAUGAUUUGAACACUCCAUUGCUUUAUUUUUUUCCUUGACCGUAUCUCUUUUUAUAUUCUAAAAAAUACAGAUAUGAUUCUUUCUCCCGGCCGUGUCAAAGUGAAGCGGCACAAAUCUCGUAAAAUGGCUCAGUUUUCUGACGUGUGGGCAGGGCAGUAUAUGACAUUUGCCAAAGAUAAAGAGAAUGGUGACAUAUAUGCAUGGGGCCUGAAUAACUAUUACCAGCUGGGUGAGAGCUUGAUCUGAUUUCAUGUUUACAUUUAUCUUCAUUAUAAAUAGCCCUUGUAGGUUUCUAUGAAAAAAAUCCAGGUAGUUAAUUUUGUUUCCUUCUUUGGAUCUGAUCAUCAAAACCUUUUAAUUUCAAGCAUUUUCUAUUUUAAAAGAUUAUGCAUUAUUUUCCUCAUAACUUCCAAGUGAGUGUUGAAUUUAUAUGUUACAAUACAUAACAUAAAAUUCACAUAUAUCCACAAGUGUUCCAUAACAUGUACACAGGAAGAACAUUUUAAGUUUUUUUAAUGACAUGAUUUAUUUACUAUGUAUUCAACUUACAGGUUUUGGAGAUAUGGAGAAUAGAUUUGUUCCUGGCCGAUCACAGACAUUUUCUGAGUCAGGUCCCUGGGAAAUGAUAAGUGGAGGUCAGCAUCACACAGUUGCGCUAAACGCUAAAGGUGAUUUUAUUUAUUUCAUAGUGUUUUUUAAAAACAUUUUUCUUCCUGUUUCUGCAGUUAGUCAGUAACAUCAAUCCCCUUCUCUUGUUCAUGUACAGAUAUAUUUUGUUUAAAUACCAUACUUACUUGUUUUUAUUUCAUAAGUCAACAUUUUAGCCACAAGAUUUAUUAUAAAAUGCAGAGUCGACUUAUUCCUGUGUCAGUGCUGGUUUCGAUAGAAUUUUAUACAUUGAAUGCAAGACAAUGUCGAGUUCGUGUUAGUGUACUACGGGCAGCCGUAUGUUGACCAAGAUACCAGGUAUACACAUUCACACAGAGACAAAAACAGCUGUUGAUGCUUGACUGAAAUCUGAAACCAAGCUACAUGCAUCAUCCCUGACUUCUUGGUUUAUCUAUCGUAUAGAUGAGAGAGAACACUGAUAUAAAUUGCAGGGAUGUCUCUUGAUACCACUGACUUUGAGAGUAGUACAUAGCUUAGUAUACCUGAACAGUGCAAUGCCUGCUGCUUGGUAAAAUCGUACAAAAUUAUAAAAAUCACAGAAAUACGUUACCAAGCUGUGUUUUACCCUCAGCUUAUCCAGCAGUCAUGGCAUAUUUCAUAAUUGUUGGUAAAAGAACUUCCCUCGACUUAUAGACAGAUUGAUUUAUAGAUGUAUAUAGAUUUUUUAUAUAUAGAUUUUUUUUAUGCAUAAGCCCUUAUUAUGUAGUCCUUUGAUUAAUGUGACUGUUUUUUUUGUAUUUUAAAUGCAUUUUUAAAAAAAUUUAUUUGUCCACUAAGUGUCAGCAUCAAAAUAUUAAAUAAGCUAAGAUUUAACUUCACUUUGGAGGUGGGUUUAUGGAGAAUGAGCACAGUCUUUUUUUAAUACCAUAUUUGAUUUGAAAAAAAACCUCUUUCCCUUGCAGGUAAAGUUUAUACAUUGGGCAGAGAAGACUAUGGUCGUCUGGGUCUUGGAAAGGAUUGUGGUGAGAGAAAGGUACCUACUCUGGUACCUGCUCUUGAAGGCUUGACAGCAAUAAAUGUGGCAGCUGGAGGAUGUGUCAGUUUUGCUGUGACUAGUAAUGGUGAGUUCUUUAUUAUGUACUGCUCUCAAUGAUAGCUUUUAUGUUCAUUUUGGACAAAUGUAUCUAUAAAAAUAAGACUAGAUAAUGUUAGUGGUUUUGGAUGGGAGUAACUAAUACUUCAAAAAUUUCAUUCACCAGGUGACCUCUACUCUUGGGGAAUGGGAUCCAACAAUCAACUUGGCACUGGUGAUGAUGAAGAUCAGUUUACCCCAAUUAAGGUCACAGGCAAGCAGUUGGAAACUAGGUAAGCAUCAAAUACCCUAUAGUUUAUUGAUAUUUUUCUACCACAGGUUCUUUUGUAGUUUAUGCAUUUACUGUUCAUCAUGUCAGUAUCGAUAUUCAAGAAUUGAUUUUAAAUGGCAUUAAGUGCAUAUGUAUGAACAUUUCCGGACAUGACUGCUGCUUGUCAAGAAGAAUGUGGUCACUUUUUCUUUGUAUACAUGUAUUAUGAUCCCAUUAAAAUGUGUGCAGAUGUAGUCAAGUAAAUGGCAUUACUGUAGCUGGCACCAAACCAUAUCAAAUUAACGGUUGCCCUAACCAUUCUUAAAUUUGAUGUCAACUGCUGCUACAAUUUGGAAUACAUUUUUAAGGACUUAAAAUUGUGACCCAGUUUGCUCAUGGUGAAUUCAAUUAAGGACUUUUUUCAUCAUUGUUGUCUAUAAUGGAAUCAAUGUUGCAAGAGAAUAUAAUUUUUAAAAAUCUAUGUUGAUCUGUUCAAAAGCUGAGCACCCCACUUAUUCCCCAGAAAUAUUUGCAUAGUCUGCUGCAGAAUGGGUAUAUACGGAAUUAAAAUGUUAUUUCAGCUAAGGUAUUUUCCUAACUAAACCAUAGUCAAUUUGCUUCUUUUAAUGGUCCAUUGCAAAUCAAGUUUACCUGCAAUUUAUGUAGCGCUAGAAAUUUGUUUAUAAUGCCUAAAUUGCUUGUCAUUUUGGAUUAAUUAAAUGUCCUUGUUGAUACCCAAAUGGUAUCAGAAGUUUGUAAUGCACUUGCCUGGCAUUUUUAAUGGUUAAACUAGAUACCUCUAAAGGACAUUUGUUGAUCAUGGAAAAUGUUUUGUAAUAUUUCUUUUUAAAGACUUUCUUUCUACACAUGAGACUCCUGUUUGGUUAAUUCAGUCCUCAUGGUUUUUUUUGUUCGUCAUUAUGUCAAAUACUUAGAAAUUUCUUUUUCAGAUCUGUGGUGAUGGUCUCUUCAGGGGGUCAACACACAGUUGUAUUAGCAGCCACAAAAACAGGAAAUGGAGUAGCCCACUGAUAUCAGUUUGUAAUAGUCUUAUUCCAUUAGAUAUGUUGAGCCCAUGGUAAUACUGACAUUUAUAUUUUGGCCUGGGGAUGUUGUAUGCUUAAAAGAUUUUAAUUCAUAUGCAAGUCAUACCACUGAAAUGGUAUUGCUUUCGUCAGAGACUC